AUGUCGUUUAGAGUUGAAUCACUGGACUGCAAAUCAGCCAACGUCACCCCAGUACACAAGAAGGGUAUGAAAAGUGCAGCAAAAAACUACAGGCCUAUCAGCCGAGCAUCACAUAUACGCAAACUCCUUGAGACAAUUCUGAAGGACGCCAUAAUUCAACACCUGAGCGAGCACAGUCUCAUCAACGCAUCACAACACGGUUUCAUGGAAAGAAAAUCCUGCCUGAAAAACUUACUCACGUUACUUGAAACGAUAACAGACUACUUGGACCAAAGCUUAGUAGUGGAUGUGUUGUACAUGGAUUUCUCCAAGACGUUUGUUAAAGUUCCGCAUGCACGACUAGCCUCUAAGAUCCAGGUAUAUGUCAUCACAGGCAAGAUUUUGAAGUGGAUUAACAGCUGGCUCGAAGACAGUCUGGAAUACUGUACACAGGCAUGGAAUCCCUACCCCAAGAAAGACCUAACAUCUCUAGAAAAGGUGCAACAUAUUGCUACUGAGAUGAUUCCAGAACUAUGUCAUCUCCACAAUCCAGCAUGA